AUGCAGUGCGAGCUCCGCUCCACUCCGGCAAUCCCCGUCGAGCCCCGGGCCGGCGGCCUCCGUCCCCGCCCCGGCGACCUCCGCCUCGCCGCGCCACGGCCCCGGCGACCUCCGCCCCGCCGCGCCACGGCCCUCGGCGACCUCCGCCCCGCCGCGCCACGUCCCCGACAAGCCCCGUCGAGCCCCGGCCCCGUCGACCUCCGCCCCCACCCCCGCCACGGCCCGGUGACCUCCGCCCGCCGCGCCACGGCCCCGGCAAGCCCCGUCGAGCCCCGGCCCCGGCGACCUCCGCCCCCCACCCCGCCACGGCCCGGCGAGCUCCGCCCUGCCGCCGCACCUCGGAUGGCCGCUCGGCCCCCGCCCACGCCCGUUCGCCGCCGCGGCGCCGCCCCGUUCGUCGCCGUGGGCGCUGCCCCCGUCGCAGCGCCGCCCCCUUGCCGACGCGGCGCGGCCCCGUGCGGCGCGUCCCCGUUCCUAGCCGCGGCCAAUACCGUCACCGCCCCCUUCUCCCCAAAAUUCGCUGCAGAAUCCAAUGCAUUGCCUAGCAUAUUUGGUGAAUGUCUUCUCGUGCUUACCAUCAUCCCAGCUAACCACCACCAGAGAGCAUUCAUAUACUCGACACUGUCCGGAUGUACUCUCUUCCCUUCACGUGGAGCACCCGAGUCCAACUGCAGCUGCCGUCCUUUUUCUUCGUACCACUCCUGCCACAGUGGCACUGGGUCUGUUGGAAGCCGCUCCCUUGGUGAACACAAGAAAUCUCUGAAGUAG